AUGUUGAGAAUCCGUUGCAGCAGGAUUCUAUUCGCUACUGACAUCACCAAGAUGUUCAGACAGAUUAAGGUCGACUCGCUUGAUUGGCCGCUUCAGUGCAUUCUCUGGAUAGAUGAGAAUGACUUAAUAGACGCUUACUGUCUCAAGACAGUCACAUACGGAACCGCUAGUGCACCUUUUGACGCUGUACGUGUGCUUAUCCAACUAGUAAAGGAUGAAGGACACCGCUUUCCGCUAGCUGUUGCUCCAAUGUUGAAAACACGCUACGUAGAUGAUAUCUACGGUGGAGCAGACAACGAAGAAGACGCUAUCAAGGCUGCAGUACAAACAAAAGCUCUGUGUGCAGCAGGCUGCUUCCCGCUUGCCAAAUGGGCUAGCAAUAGCCCACGGUUACUCGCUGAAGUCGCUCCAGAAAAGCAGCUGGAUACACCGCUUAAAGAAAUCAGUGAUGCACCAGUAAAAGUCCUGGGCAUGUACUGGAAUUCACGCACUGACGCUCUCCAGUUCAAGUACACGCUACCGCCAGAUACGCCUAAGACAAAGAGAGCUAUUUUGUCUGAAAUCGCUAAACUGUAUGAUCCGCUAGGACUUCUCGCACCAAUAGUCGUCAAAGCCAAGAUCUUUAUGCAAGAUCUGUGGCUAGAUAGAGUGUCAUGGGAUAGACAAUUGUCACCAUCACUCAUUCACAAAUGGACUGGAUACCGCGAGGAUCUUCGAAACAUCGAAUCCAUCCGCAUUCCACGCUGGAAUAAUAUAGCACCUGGAGCAACUAUGGAAUUGCACGGGUUCUCAGACGCUUCGCAAAACGCUAUGGCUGCCGCUGUUUAUUUGAGAGUCACUGACGCUGAUGGAAACACAAAGGUCUCACUUUUGUGUUCAAAAACGCAAGUAGCACCGCUGAAGACCAUGACAAUCCCACGCUUUGAAUUAUCUGCCGCAUGGUUGCUAACACAACUGAUACUUCAUGUUAAAGAAGUUCAGUCGCUUGAAAAUGUCAGGAUCAAUCUCUGGACUGACUCCGCCGUGACUCUCGCAUGGAUUAAAAGUCCAGCAAUCCGCUGGAAGACAUUCGUCCGCAAUAGAGUGGGAAAAAUCCAAGAAACGCUUCGAGAUGUCUCCUGGAAAUUUAUUCCAGGAAAACAAAACCCCGCUGACUGCGCUUCAAGAGGUAUACCUACGCUAAAACUGAAACAACACGCUCUCUGGUGGCAUGGACCAACUUGGCUUCAUGAACCAGAAUCCUCUUGGCCCACUCUGGAGCCUCCAACCGACAACGCAACGCAUCGAGAAGAACGCCAAGGUCUGACACUAGUAACUUGGAAAGCAGAAAAUUGCCUGCUCCAACAAUUACUGUCGCAUUACACGCAGCUGUUUCCACUGCUACGGAAGCUUAGCAUCUGGCAUCGUGCCAUCGACCGCUUUAAAAGAGUUCCACAAUCUUCGCUGGCCUACCCGCUUACUCCAUCAGACCUGGAGCGCGCUAAAUUGACCUUGAUUAAGUUCACUCAAGGACAAUACUUCGCUAGAGAGAUUCACACGCUACAAGAUGGUGAUGGUCUGCCUAAAAAUAACAGCAUCACUAAGCUGACUCCGUUCAUCGACCAUCAGGGGGUCCUGAGAGUCGGUGGCCGCUUGAAAAACGCAUUGCUGGACCCAGAAGAGGGGCAUCCAGCGAUUCUACCGCGACAAUCACCGCUUACAUCAAUUUUGAUUGAUGAUUCGCACCGCAAAACGCUUCACGGAGGUACUCAGCUUACGCUCGCUGACUAA